CCUGGCUCUGUCGGGCAGCGGCCCAGCCGCCGUUGCUAGGCGACGAGAGCAAGGGAGGCCGCGGCCUACUCGGCCUCAUCCGUCGCGGCAGGUUAUCCUGGUGGACAUUUGACGAUGGGUGACGUACUUGCUUACGAAGCAGAGCUGCUUGGAAUGGUGAAAGAGUAUUUGGACUUUGCGGAGUUUGAAGAUACGGUGAAAACCUUUACCAGAGAAUGCAAAAUCAAAGGGAAACCACUCCCCAAAACAGGAAGCAAUUCUGCUAAAGACUCCAAGGCUCUAAUCAUUCAGGAUCUGCUCAUGUCCUUUACUGAUGGAGACCAGGACGUCUUCUUUGAACUGUGGGAAGAGCACAUCCCUUCGUCGGCUCGGGAGCAGGAAGCCGUGGGUCAGAAACUGGAGUUCUACCUUCACAUCCACUUUGGCAUCUACCUGCUGAAGCACGCCGUGGGAAAGCCCGAUAAAGCAGCUUUGGAUGAAAGGAUCGCGUAUUUUAAAACCUACCUGGAGACCAAAGGGGCAGCUUUGAGCCAGACAACCGAAUUCCUCCCUUUCUACGCCCUGCCUUUUGUUCCCAACCCGAUGAUCCACCCGUCCUUCAAAGAACUUUUCCAGGAUUCUUGGGAAACUGAUCUGAAAACAAGGCUGGAAGAAUUUCUGUCUGCCACGCUGAAGGCCAACGAGAGCCCAAGGCUUCUGACCUUAUAUAAAGAAAACACGCAAUGCAGCCAAGAAACAUUGCAGCAGCUUCACCAGCAGCUGGUGGAGUCCGAACGGAAAACCAUGACCUACCUCAAGCGGUUCAACAAAAUCCAGGCCGAUUAUCACAACCUCAUUGGCGUCACAGCUGAGCUGGUGGACUCGCUGGAGGCUACUGUGAACGGCAAGAUGAUCACCCCGGAAGACCUGCAGAGUGUCUGCUUGCGUCUGUUUAGCAAUCAGAUGAAGCAAAGCGUUGCGCAUAGCAUAGACUUCACCAGGCCCGGCACUAAACAUGGCUGUGUGAGCCUCUGUAAGGAUGAAUAUGCUUCGACCAUGUUAAGAGCAUCGUUGGUCCCGGCGGAAGUGCAGGAGGUCCCCCUCCUGCCAUCUUUGGAUUAUGAGAAGUUAAAGAAAGAUCUGAUCGACGGAAGUGACCGCCUCAAGGCUUUCCUGCUACAGGCCUUGCGCUGGCGUUUGACAACUUCCCAUCCGGGCGAACAGCGGGACACGGUUCUGCAGGCUUAUAUCAACAACGAUCUUUUGGAUUGCUACAGUAACGGCCAGAGAAGCUUCCUAAUGCUGAUCCAGUCCAAGUGUGAGGUCGUUCGCCAAUACACCGCCAGGCUCAUCAAUACAUUUGCCUCCUUGGCUGAAGGCCGGCUCUACCUUUCCCAGAAUCCCCGGCUUCUCCGGAUGCUGGAAGGAAGGUUAAAAGCGGAAGAUAAGUACUCCCUUACCCGGGAGAACGUCCUGGGGGCUCUGCAGAAACUCAGCCUCAGGCGGGCUUUGCAGUCAGCGAUGGUGAAGGAUGGGCUCAUCCCGUGGUUGGUGGAGGCCCUGAAGGACACGGACGCCAUGUCUGAUUACACCCUGGCCUACUCGGUGGCUUUGCUCAUGAACCUCUGCUUGCGGACCUCAGGGAAGAAGAUGUGUGUGAAAAUUGCAAACGAGAUUCUCAAAGUUCUCUCGGACCUGCUUGGCCACGAGAACCACGAGAUUCACCCCUAUGUGAACGGAGCCCUUUACAGCAUCCUUGCAAUUCCGUCCAUAAGAGAGGAGGCUCGCGCGAUGGAAAUGGAAGACAUUCUCCGAUGCUACAUUGCGGAAGGAAAUGCCGAUAUGAUCCAGCAGAUUGAGUUUAUUAUCAAGCAGCUUCAGUCAGAAGAUCCACAGGAAGACAGUGUAGAAUCCGACGAUGAGGAGAAGGAGGACAAUGCUGAAGAGGACCACAAUGGCAUGGAGGCCGAUCUGGACAAAGACGAAGUGUUACAGCCCCAGCAGGGCGAACUCUCAGGAGAAAAACUCCUGACCACCGAAUAUUUGGGAAUCAUGACCAACACCCCAAAAGCACGGAAGAAGAGCCUGUCCAGUGUCCGUCACAGUGUGGAUGAGCCUCUUCAGAGACCAGUGACCCCCAGCUAUCACAGGGCACAUUACCCAACGUUGGAAGAUGAAGCCGCUUCCUGCAGCGGCAGAGAGACUGGUGCUCCGCGGUGCUCAAAUUCCCGUCCUCCGACACGCAGCGGGAAGAGGCCCAGCCUUUCGUUUGAAAGCGAAGCUUCCGGAAGAUCUUUGAGGCAUCUUGGAGCUGACCCGGAUGUCCAGUCGGUUGCUGAAGUUCUGAUUCUCCACUCCCCCGGUUCUUCCCAAGACAGUGGAAACACGUUGCCAAACAGUGAAUUCCAUCUGAGCUUUGCCGGCAGACCCAAAUUUUCCUGCGCCCCAGACUUCCAGAACAUCCGGCCCGGGAGAGGGAAACUCCCGUCCAUCGCCCCCCAGUUUGGCCCGUCUGGACUUCACCCACCCCUUCGCCCCAACUCUUCGGAGUCAACGAGAAGCAAGCAAAAACAUUAUAACACCUUAUUUGUGCAAGUCCUGAAAACGACAAUGUAUUUCGGCUGUGCGUUUGCUGCACGACUUGACCUUCUCCCGGCCUUCGGAAGGUGCAAAAAUUCUUUGCUCAGGCUGUAUCCGUUGCCAGCCUUUGGCCUCCCGUUGCAAACUAGCAGGGGAAAAAUAUAUAUAUAUACACACGCCUGUUGCCGUGUCUGUUAUUUGUUAUCCGAAGUUCAGAUUGUUUAAUUUUCUUGGUCCUGGAAGAAGGAAACAGGCUUUUGGGAAAUGUCCAGUUGACAGAAGAGGUUUGUUUUUUUAAUAUAUGCCCUGUCCUUGUUCUAUUCUUCUUUGCAACCUCUCCGUGCAGAUUCUCUAAAACCGACAGCUCCGCUUUUAAACCGUCUCCUUAAAUAUCUCAUCGCUUUCCCCUUUUUCCAGUUUUUUUUUUUUUUUUGCGGGCGAGGGAGAUAUAUUUCGGCUUGAAAUGGGAGCUGCAAGAAGCUGCGGUGACAAAGCUGCAGCUUUUCUUCCUAGUUCUGAAAAUCAUUAAUUUUUUUUUAAUUGUGUCCUCUUUGCGGCUCUGAAGUCAUCUGGAACCCAACCCCUUCCAGGAUGAGAAGCUGAGCUGGCCCCUGUCGGCUGGCAGCGAACGGUUUUUCCACUGUUUUUUUUUUUUUUUUCCCGCUUGAACUUUGCAAAUCUUCCAAGGAUGGCAAAGGGGGUUUCCAUCUGCUCUCCUUGGAAGGUUUAGCUCCUGUCCGAUUAAAUGAAGCCUGCAGGAAAAUCUCCUUGCGGGAUAUUUUCUGGAGAUGGCACUCUUAAACGGAUGAAUGAAGGGGAAGGUGCGGACCUGGCCUGUGGAUUUGGGCCCCAAAUCCCUCAAUCUACUU